CAAAAGCAAGUUCAUCACGAACUGGGCUGACCGUUAUCUCUAUUUUGAUAGAAAACUUAACAACCGUUCUAACAUUUUAAUUAAAAAGGUGACAAAUUUUAUUUCAUUUAAAUUUUAAUUUCAAAGUGACUGUAGCAUGAAUAAAUUGAAAAUACUGUUUUUGAUUGGCGCUUGCUUCCUACAAUGCAAAUGCAGGGAACCAUUCAAGCCGGCUCACGGAAGUCUCCCUUUCUUAGUAUAUUUCCCGUCUCGGUACCGUGGUCUAUGUGUGGGUACGUUGGUAUCACGCGUGGCGGUUUUGACAGCAGCAGUGUGUGUCACCAAUCCCUCAUCACAUAUCAAUAAAGACACGAGGCCUAUCAAUGUAGUGGUGGGCGCCACUUACAGACACCCCCGACGAGGCAUCAGGGUGCAGGUGAUGAAGAUACUCGUGCCUAACCUUGAAAAGAUAGGCGCAGGUAAUCGCGCUUACCUCUUAUCAAUGUCCCCAGCAAUUCUACUUCUGAAACGAAAAGUGCCUGAUAUUUUGACGGAAACACCUUUGAGAGCGAUCGAAAUAGACUAUAAAGGAGAUGAAGUAUUGACUCUGCAGGAAGAAUGCUUUAUGCCGGGUUGGCACUUCUUCUAUAAAGGGGAUGUAAUAUACCCGGUCAAUAAGUUCUUGCUUCAGAGGAACGUUAGGGUCCAGUUCAUGAAUAUUGUGAAGAAGAGCCUGUGGUGUGAAGCCUUGACUAUAAAGUUCCAGAAAGCUCUCAGUAAUUUGGGAUUCUUGGGUUUGUUUGACAAAUCCGCAUGUGUCUGCGUCAGGGAUCCUGACCGCAUAGCUCAGCCGUGUCAUGGCAUGUACGGAGCUCCGCUGGUGUGUCGCGGCAAAGCGGUAGGGAUGUUGAUGGCACCAGACGCACAGUGGUCCAACUGCACGGGAUUCAGUAAUCUUAUUCACAUAUUUUCGAGCAACGCCCUCAAAGAGUUCAUGACUUGCGUCAGCAACUUAUUUGAUCCGGAAGAGAAGUUGAACUGGGCGGCUAUGAAGAAGAAGUUGUAUGACGACAUUAGACCGGACACCUACGACUAUGUACCCGAAAUAUACGACAGAAUCACAAGCUCCAGUGCGUCCUCAUCACAAAUGCAGGAGCAAUAGUAAUGCCUAUAUGGUUAUAAAAAUAAUAUGUAGAACUAAGAAUGUAUCAAUACAUAUCUAAUGAAAUAAACAAGUAAUUUCA